ACUCCGGAACAAUGUCCAUCAGUCGUCUCAUUAUUGGCUGAGUCAUAUAAUCCACAUGUUCGUUAUGGCGCUGCUAUGGCUUUGGGCAUUGCCUGUGCCGGUACUGGACUUCGUGAAGCUAUCGCUUUAUUGGAGCCAAUGGCAAAAUUCGAUCCGGUUAAUUUUGUUCGGCAAGCUGUCGUUGGAACGCUUGUCUUCACUCAAUAUUGGUAUUGGUUCCCAUUGGCACAUUGCCUGUCAUUAGCAUUCACUCCAACAUGCAUCAUCUCUUUAAAUUCGGAUUUAAAAAUGCCGAAAAUUGAGUUCAAAUCAGCUGCUCGUCCGUCUUUGUACGCCUAUCCGGCACCAUUGGAAGAAAAGAAACGAGAAGAACGUGAGAAGGUCACAACAGCAAUCUUGUCUAUCGCCGCACGUCAAAAGCGUCGAGAUGACAAGAAGAAAGAUGAAUCAAAAAUGGAGGUUGAUGAAGAAGUAAAAGAAGAAGAAAGUAAGAAAGUCGUCGAUAAGAAAGAAAAGAAGCAGAAAGAGAAGGAAAAAGAUAAGGAAAAGGAAAAGGAGAAAGAUAAAGACGACAAGGAGAAGUCUGAUGAAGCUACAACAGCUCCAAAAGAACGCAAGGAACCUGAACCGACUUCUGAAAUAUUACACAAUCCACCUCGAGUUUUGCGUCAGCAAUUGAAAGUCAUUAGUGUCGUCGAAGGUUCUCACUAUCAACCAAUCAAGGAUGUCACCAUUGGCGGUAUCAUCAUGAUGAAGUACACUUCACAAAGCGAACAAGUUUUGGUUGAACCCGUUGCUGCUUAUGGUCCUAAAUCCAAUGAUGAUGCCAAGGAACCUGAUGCACCUGAGCCAUUUGAAUAUAUUGAAGAUUAA